AUGACACAUCUUACAGACCUGGACAACAGAGCUAGGGAACAAGCCCUGGAUACCUCGCCCACUGAGGAAGAAAAGUGCAAGAAUGGAGAAGAUACCUGGAUCACAGCCACCUGCUCAGGCUUUCUCCACACUGCCCCACCUUUUGUCCUGGUGCCAUGCAGAGCUCAGGAUCAGGUGGGAAAGUCUUCAAUUGGGGGACCCCGACCUGUCCUUAGCACCCAUAGGAAAAGGAACAUGAGGACAUUUUUCUUCCAUAUCGUUUGGAGUUGGCUGCUAUUCGACUCUUAUUUUAAUUGUGUUCAGUCACAGCAGGUGGCUGAAACCCAAACACCUUUAGGAUAUGAUUGUUCAAACAUAUGGAGCAGAAACCCAAAGUCUACCACUGGGAUUUACACAAUAAAACCUAUCGGAGCCAAUUCAACUAUCCAGGUGUUCUGUGAAAUGAAUGAUGAUGGCGGUUGGACCCUUAUCCAGAAACAUGAUGGACAGGAUAAUCUACCCUUUGAUAGAUCCUGGUAUGACUACAAACAGGGAUUCGGAAACAUAUCAGGUGAACACUGGCUUGGACUGGAUAAUAUAUAUCUGCUGACCAAUCAGGAGAAGAGGAUCUCAGAACUACGUGUCAGCCUUGGUGACUUUGCUGGAUCUGAAGCCUUUGCGGGCUAUAGCACUUUUAACAUAGGUCCUGAAAGCAAGUUCUAUAAGCUGUCACUCGGUAACUAUUCUGGGAAUGCAGGUGAUGCUUUCAGGGGACAAAGCUCGGCCACAAAUCAGGACGGAAGCCCUUUUAGCACAAAAGAUAAAGACAAUGACAAUUGUGAUGCUUGUAGGGAGGGUGAUAUGGUUUUCAGGAGCUGUAGUAAUGAUCAAUUCAAGUCUGGCUGGUGGUUUAACAGCUGUGGGAUUGCAGAUCUGAAUGGUCAAUGGCGUAAAAAUGGAGAACACAUUGGCUGGGUUUCUGCUGUGUCCUGGAAAACAUGGAGAAGCCUUGAGUCUCUGAAGUUCAGUAAGAUGUCUGUAAGACACAACUAGUAUAUGUGUGAGAAAUCAAAGCUAUUCAUUACUGUAUGUU